AUGGCUCUCAUUGUUUCAGAGAAACCUCUUGACAUAGGAAUGUCGGCCAUCACCAUCAUGCUCGGGAUUUGGCAGUAUAUAUGUAUGGCGUUGGGGAGCCAGGGCACAAUCGGGGGUGGUUAUCCAAAUCGGGGGUUUGAAUAUGCAGCGGAGCACGCAAUCAACCGGGAGAACAGUUACCCAAUCAUCGGUAGGAACCAACCAUGCAAAGGCAAAUUGGAAAGAAAUCCUUAUGUGCAGAUAAGUGGUUACAUGAAAAUACCACCAAAUAAUGAAAAAUAUUGUGUUAAGGCUUUUGUGGCUGAACAGCCGACUGUAGCCGGAAUGGAGGUCGCCGAGACAUUUUACAUUGAUUACAAAUAUGGUAUCUACACCGAUAAAAAUAGAGAAUGUGGAAUAUUACCGAUGGAUAACCGUACCUACCAUGCUGUUACAAUCGUAGGGAAUAGGACAGAAGAUGACACAAACUACUGGUUAGUGAAGAAUUCUUUGAGGCUCUGA